GACUGACAGAACCCACUCAAAGGAUACAAAUUUGAAUGCAGUCAGCAAUGUGCCUUAGUGAGAUAAGAUAUAAACAACUGACAUUUCAACAUAGGGCAAGCUGCUAAUCCAGUAUAAACAAUCAUCUGGAGAUCUCAGUCAGAUCCUGUACUGUGAUGUAUAAUACCGGUAUACGUGUAUUGUCGCAGCCCAGCUCUCAGAAGGACGCAACAAGGGAAUUUCUCAAGCACGUUCUUUAUUAAGGCUUCAAAGUUACAACAAAAGGUAUUUAAACAAACAGAAAAUGGGGUAAACCCUCCGGCUUGCACCCAGUGCAACCGGCACCUUCCCCUCUGUCUCUCCCUCGUCAGCCCCGCUUCUCACUGACUUUAAAGUCUUUGUCUGACUAGAUUGGCACUGAUCAGCCACUAGUCAAACAAUCUGCAGGUGAGCUUUCAAUUAGGGAAAGCCCGACCUGCCUAGUCCCCAGAACACCUCCCCAGGGUCCUAAAGUCUGCCUUGUAUAGGCCUGGUAAGGGAAUUAACUCGUGUUCAAACCAGGUGGGAGCCCAAGAGCAGCUUGGGCUACCACAGUAUGUAACAAUGUUUGCCUAAAGGAUUCACUAAAACACUUAACCUCACUGCGCUCGCUGCGCUCCCAAAAGGUUUUCAGAGGACUACAAUGCCAACUGAGUCAUGGGUGCAUGGGCGCUAUUACAGGCCUGGAAAUAUACUGUGAUGUGGUUUCACUUUCGCUUACUGCAACAUACCCUAAAACAACACGGCAGAAGUCUGAUGUGAUGAUGAGUAUCAGUGUUGUUAUAUGUUGAAUAAGUUCACUCUCAUUUACUAAGAAAUCAUAUCUUAAACAGCACUACAUAAAUAAGAUCCUAUGUUGAGUGGCAAUGUGUCAACUCAUUGUCUCAGUAAUAUUCAUUUUUUUUUUGGUAUGGUAAUGAAAAAACUCAGCUUCAGCAAACUUAAAUCAUGGUAAGGUAGUAUUGGUAAGAUCUCAACUAUCAAGUUCGAUUGCAGAGUAAUUAUAUUAAAACUCUACUGCAUGAAAACUUCAGUCGUGUUGAUAUUUCUCCUGUUUUUCCAGUUACCGGUAAGAAAAUUUCAGUAGUGAUAAAAUAAGAGUAAAACAUUAUAUUGUAUGUUGUUAUCAUUUGGAAAUUGACCACUAUGUAGCCAAUAAACAGUCUUUAAAUCAUUUAGAAAAUCUGGGCAGGUUCUCUCCCAAGAACUUGAGACUGAGGUCACACCUGAACCUGUAAGGUCUGAACUAUUUGAUAAUAGGGAAGUUUCAGACGCUAAAUAUACCCACUUUCACUUGCAGUGUGGUAAGGAGGUCUUCAGUUAUGAGUACAUUUGACAUGCAAGGAAGAACUCUUGACAACACUGUCUUAUGAUCACACUUGUGCUCUGAAUCACUGUGCGACUAGUACCUUGUGUCUGCUGACGACUCAUCUACUGAAAGAUUUCUAUACUGGCAAACAGAGAUGGGGGUAAAAGGACGUGUUUACCCAGGGAUGCGUCUCAUCUGCUUGGCUGUGCUUCUCUUGCCUGUGUUGGUGGCAGCUGUCUGGUACCCUAAAAGUUUGCCUUGUGAAGUGACUGUGGUGAGCAAUGGCAGCGAGGUCAGUGUGAAUUGUACUGCGGUGGAGCUUGGAUACAUCCCGUUUGGCAUCCCAGGAAAUACGACCAACUUAACCCUCACCAUCAAUCACAUCCGUCACAUUAAUGAGAGCUCCUUCAAGGGACUGGAGAACCUCACAGAGAUCGACAUGCGUUGCAACUGCGUGCCAGUGAAAGUCGGCCCGAAGGACCAUGUGUGCAACCAGAGUGUAAUCAUUGACUAUGGAAGUUUUCGACCCCUGAAAAAAUUAAAGUCUCUCUAUUUAGAUGGGAACCAGCUUGCCAGUAUACCCAAGCGGCUCCCUAAAGGCCUUGUUCUGCUGAGUCUGGAGGUGAAUAACAUUGACUCAAUCUCGAAAGAAAACUUGACAGAACUUACACGUUUAGAGAUGCUCUAUUUGGGCCAAAAUUGUUAUUUUCGAAAUCCCUGCAAUAAGUAUUAUCAUGUUGAGGAGGAUGCCUUUUUGAUGCUGGAGAGGCUGACUUUGCUAUCGCUAAAGGCAAAUAAUUUAUCCUCUAUACCCCAGAGACUGCCUGGUAGUCUUAAGGAGCUUUAUCUCUACAACAACAACAUUCAAAAGGUAACUAAGGAAGCCUUCCAGAACUUGACUAACCUGGAGACCCUUGACCUCAGUGGAAACUGUCCCCGGUGUUACAAUGCCCCUUAUCCCUGUACACCCUGUCCGAAUAAUGCACCUCUCGACAUUGAUGACAAAGCCUUCAAGAACUUAAAGAAGCUACAGAUCUUGCGUCUUCACAGUAAUUCUCUCACUAGGGUUCACCCACAGUGGUUUCAGGGCUGCAAAAACCUUAAAGUACUGGACCUCUCAAGCAACUAUUUGGCACGAGAAAUAGCCAUCGCUAGCUUUCCAACUUCAUUACCCAACCUUGAGGAGCUGGAUCUGUCUUUUAACUAUGAGCUACAGAAGUAUCCAGCUUCCCUAAACCUCAAUAGAUCAUUCUCGGCGUUAAAAUCCCUUCAGAUCCUCAGAAUCCGAGGCUUAGUCUUCCAGCAGCUAACAAAAGAGGACAUUGAUCCUCUGGCCUCCCUUGAAAACCUGAGGAUGAUUGAUCUUGGCUUCAAUUUCAUUAAGAUCACUGACCUUAGCAUUCUAGCUAUGCUUAAACACGUUCAAAUCAUAAAUUUGUCUGAAAACAAAAUCUCAAACCCUACUGAAAAUGCUCUUCUAUCAGAUGGCUCAGUGGGGCACUCUUUGUAUGGCAACCCGAUGUUGCACAAUGCCCAGUUCUUCAACAGGGAAGUGAGAGAGAUACACUAUUUUAGGUAUGAUGAAUUUGCACGCAGCUGCUUACAUAAGGAUAAGGAGCUUGGAGUGGUGAGCCCCCUCAACACAGAGUGCAGUCAACGUGGGAAAACACUGGACCUCAGCAGGAACAACAUCUUUUUUCUUCAUUCAAAAUUCUUAAACCUCAGCGAGCUCAAGUGUCUCAAUCUCUCAGGUAAUGCCAUGAGUCAAAGUUUAAAUGGAUCUGAGUUUGAAAACCUCAAAAAGCUUGAAUACCUUGACUUUUCAUCCAACCGUCUGGACACAAUGUAUUCGUCAGCUUUUCGGGAGCUGACCAACCUUGUUGUUCUCGACAUCAGCUACAACAAUCACUACUUUGAAGCCGAGGGUUUAACACAUAUGCUCAAUUUCACAAAGAACCUGCCAAAACUUCAAAAAUUGCUUAUGAACUACAAUCAUAUUUCAACCUCCACCAACACUGAGAUGGAAAGCUUUUCCCUUGAGCACUUGGAGUUCAAAGGAAACCGCCUUGAUAUGCUCUGGAGAGAUGGGGAUACUAGAUACUUCAAUUAUUUCACCAACCUACUCGUCUUAAAGAAACUUUACAUAUCUGAGAAUAAUCUAAACUACGUCCCAGAUAUUUUUCCAAAUCUGCCAAAACAUCUCACCGAACUGUACAUAAACAAUAACAGACUAACAACUUUUCCCUGGGAGAAACUUAGAUACCUUAAACAACUAGAAGUAUUAGACCUCAGUGAAAAUCUUUUAACUGAGGUCCAGGGAAAACUUUCCAAUAAUGCAGUCUCUCUCAAAGUGCUAAUCCUGUGCAGAAACCGCAUCUCAGAAAUAACCCCACUGUUUCUGACAAAUAUAACCAAUCUGAGAGUCCUUGACCUAAGUUAUAAUGAAAUCCAGCACAUUGACCAGUCUAGCUUUCCAGAAGAUGUUAUUAUGAGGCUUGACACUUUAUUUCUUAACAACAACAAAUUCCUCUGCACCUGUCGUGCCAUUUGGUUUGUCAUGUGGCUCAACCGCACUUCAGUUAACAUUCCAAAGAUAGCCACAGAUGUCAAAUGUGCCGCUCCAGGUGAACAAGAAGGCAAAAUGGUCAUCUCCCUGUACCUUCCAGCCUGCCAAGAGAACUCCCUCUCCAUCAUUCUCUACAUAUUGCUGACAUCUCUGACCCUGUGCUUUAUUGCUCUCGCAAUAUCCAGCCAUCUCUUCCUCUGGGAUGUUUGGUAUAUCUACCAUUUUGUAUCAGCCAAGCUGAAAGGUUACAAGCCUAUGGAUUCAGACAGCAACUUCUAUCAUGCCUUCAUUGUCUAUGACAAGAAGGAUUCUGCAGUGUCUGAGUGGGUGAUGGAGGAGCUGCGUGUCAACCUGGAGGAGCUUGGGGAUCCAGCCUUGCAGCUGUGUCUGGAGGAGCGUGACUGGAUCCCCGGGUGUCCCCUCAUUGACAACCUCUCCCAGAGCAUCCAGCAGAGCAAACGAACGGUGAUCGUUCUGACCAACAGCUACAUGAAGAGUGGGAACUUUAAAAUGGCCUUUUACCUGGCCCAUCAAAGGCUCAUGGAUGAGAAAAAUGAUGUCAUUAUUUUAAUUUCUUUGGAAAAGAUUCCCUAUACCUCCAAAUACCUCCGACUGAGAAGGAGGCUGUAUAAGAGGUCAGUGUUGGAAUGGCCGUCUAAUCCACAGGCACAGCAGUACUUUUGGUAUUGUCUCAGGAGUGUCUUGGUCACUGACAGCCAAAAACAUUACAGCCCACUUUUCCAGGAGACUCUUUAAUUCAUUUUUGGUUUUGUAUAAACGAAUAAUGCUAUAAUGUUUGUAGAGAACCACUGUAUUGCAGGGUUACAUGAAAAUAUAGAAUUUAAUUAUAUUUCAAGCAUGUCCAAAGAGGUUAGCUUUGUGAUGAAAGUGCAGAUCAGGCUGAGAUUGUUAGUAAUUAUUUUAAGGACAUGAGGUGAGAAUAACAAAUAUAAUGCAAAGACUUUUAUUAUGGAGCCAAAACAUGGACUCUGCCACAGUUUGGCAACGGUAGAAAAAAAAAACUUUCAGAGAUGCGUUGCCCAGGAGAUCUAUGCAAAUAAUGUAUUUCUUGUCCCUCCCAUCAAACUCUUUCACUACUAAAAUCCGCACUGAACUGUGUUUCAAUACCAAAGUUCAAUUUUUUUUUGUCUAUUUUGUUUUUCUGUCAAUGCCAAUAUUGUUUUUGUUUUCAAUGACAAAAUUGUCUUAAAGACUAAAGUCUUUGUUUUAGCUCCGUGUUUAUAUUAGCACAGUACUACACAAUAUGCUUUUAGAGACAAUAUUGGCAUGCACCUGUACAAAUGCAUUUUUGGAGGAUGAUUUGUGUUGGAACAAAAAUCUAUUCCUAAUAAAUAACAUUCAUUUUCUAAUAUUGUGUUCUUUGCCAUAAAAAGUAUAUUUUAUUUUACACAUUCAUUAAAAGAAAAAAUAGAAAUGACAGUACACAGUACACAUGCAUCAUACAAAUGAGUUACAGCCAGGUGAACUAAUCUCUGACACCAUGGUUGUUUUACAGCUCCUAUAUUUCCUGCAGGCAAUUCUUUUCAAAGUGAAUCAAAGUUCAAGUAAGGUAUACAUUUGAUCAAUAGCUAUGCUCCUUGGAAUGGAACUAAUUAUUGCAUGUUCCUAACAGUAGAGAGGUAGGAACAGUGAAUACAGUUUGGGAAGAGAUACAGUUAUAUCUUCAUUGACCUCAGGCUCAAAAAUAUAUAUGAGGAACAAGACAUUAUUCACAGGUGGCGUAGACAGGUGGCGUAAACCACAAGUGAAACUGGAUCGAUUUUUCAACAGCUUCUGAAAGGACUAUUACUGUGGGAAAGAGGAAGCUAUAUGGUCGGAUGAAGUUUAACAAUGAUUGUUUCCCCCCUCUCAUCAUGAGAAUGAUUUUAGGUCAAUUUGUGAGCUAGGAGCUGAAGGAAGUUCCAUGUGAUGGUCACGUCAAUACUACCUCCAGCACUGGAGAGUUUGACUGCAGUGGAAGAGAUUUGGAGAAAGUUCCAACUGGCUUCUACAAAAAUUUUACUUUUAUUAAGCCUAGCAGAUAACAAGAUAAGCGAUAUGUCUCCUCAUGACUUGACAGAGAUAUAUGACUCACCUAAAUCUCAGCCAGAUAAACCGUAACACCGUGAAUGAACAGACAGGCUUUGCUCUGGGUCUUUCCCGAUCUGGAAAAACUUCUCGAGUUGAAGCUUACGGGGACCGGUCUUCAAGAUGUUCCAUAAUACCUCCCUCCUAGAUUACAGGAUUUUAUUCUGGAUGAAAGUAAUAUCACAUCUCUAAAGCAGACUAGGUUCUCUAAUAUUGAGGAUUUAAAUGGAAUCUCCUCGCAAAAAACUUGCUGCUUUGGAAAUAAAUGUCACAAAACUUUCAUAAUCGAUGACAAGAGCUUUUCAAACUUGACACAUCUGCAAUACCUAAUACUAUUCCACAACAAUUGAACUCAGGUUCAUCAUGGCUUACACAUGUUUUUUUUUUUUUUUUAAGAUUUAUGUUGGGCUUUUUUGCCUUUAAUUGAUAGUGCAGUGAAGAGUGGGACAGGAAAUGAGAGGGAGAAGAGGUGGGUAGUGGACAGGAGAAACGACAACGGCCGGAUUCAAACCCAUGUCCCCCAUGGGCGUCAAGCCCGUUUGUGGUCGGGGCUACUGCUUGCGCCACAGUGCCCCCCGGCUUACUAGUCUUUAUCAAAAACGUUUGUUUCCAACUGACUAGAGUUGAUCUCCAGUGAUGAUUUUAGACACUAUAGGGAAAAUGUCCACGGUUUUGUAAUGCUCCAUUUCUUGUGUGCCAUUUCCAUUAAUAUCCAUCCACUGGAAUUUAGCCAUCUUUGAAAACAUUGCAUCUAGCUGGAAAUUCACUUCACACCAUUAAAGGUUCUUGGUUUGAAAACCUGACAAAUCUUACUGAACUUUUCCUAUCUUUUAAUUUUCUGUCAAACGCUACUGCUGAUGGAACCUUUUACAUGGCUUGUAAACUUGAUCUUUCCUCCAAUUGUGACUUAAAAGCCUACCCCUCUCCCCUAAAGCUGUCAAAACAUUCUUCAAAUUGUAUUUCUCUCAAAACAUUCCAUAUUGUAGGUUAUGUUUUUAGAGAAAUCAGAAGAGAUACCACGAGUCCUCUGUUUUGUCUGUGCUGUAACAACAACUGUUACCUGUAAACUGUGUUCAAACUGUGUUCAAGUUCAGUGCCUGGGAUCACUGCUAUAGCACCAAAAAUAAUCUCCUCAAAUAUUCCAUAUAAAGGGUAUCAUGUGGAUACAAAAUACUUUAUGUAUUAAGUAUCCCACAGUUUUGUAUAACCUGAAUAUUUCAGCUCUGGUCAUAGUAAUAAUCUUUUAUUUAUCUGACCUAAAUAAUUUGAAGGAUUCGUAAAUACAUUUUGCCUACAUUUAUCUGGAAAUGUUUAUUCACAAGCACUGAACUUCUUCCUCU